AUCGCUUCACUUUCACUAAUCACAAUUCAAACUUCACUUAGUUUCAUAGAUUGUUCUUCGCUUCAAUCAGAGAUUCUAUGGCUUCAAUGUUGCAUUUGUUUCUUCUUCUUGGUUCUUUGAUGGUUGCUUCUGCUGGUAACUUCAACCAAGAUUUUGACAUCACUUGGGGAGAUGGCCGUGCAAAGAUUCUCAACAACGGGGAGCUUCUUACUCUGAAUCUUGAUAAAGCCUCUGGCUCUGGCUUCCAAUCCAGGAAUGAAUAUUUAUUUGGGAAUAUUGAUAUGCAGCUCAAACUUGUCCCGGGAAACUCUGCUGGCACUGUCACUGCUUACUAUUUAUCCUCAAAAGGGUCUACAUGGGAUGAGAUAGACUUCGAAUUCUUGGGAAAUUUGAGUGGUGAUCCUUACAUUCUUCAUACCAAUGUGUUCAGCCAAGGAAAGGGUAACAGAGAACAACAAUUCUAUCUCUGGUUUGACCCAACUGCUGAUUUUCACACCUAUUCCAUUCUCUGGAAUCCCCAGCGCAUUGUCUUCUCUGUGGAUGGUACUCCCAUAAGAGAGUUCAAGAACUCAGAGUCAAGUGGUGUUCCAUUCCCAAAGAAUCAGCCAAUGAGAAUAUACUCUUCUCUCUGGAAUGCUGAUGACUGGGCUACCAGAGGUGGACUUGUGAAGACAGAUUGGACUCAAGCUCCUUUCACUGCUUCCUACAGAAACUUUAAAGCAGAUGCUUGUGUUUGGUCUAAUGGUGCAUCUUCUUGCUCUUCAAACUCUCCGUCUACAUCCAGCAAUGGUGCCUGGUUCAAUCAAGAACUUGACACCACAAGUCAAGAGAGAUUGAAAUGGGUUCAGAAAAACUACAUGAUAUACAAUUAUUGCAGUGACACUAAGAGAUUUCCCCAGGGCCUCCCUACAGAAUGCAGCUCCACCUCUUAGAGACUAGUUAAAUUUGUGAAACCGAAAUAUAACAUCAAUUCUUUUAUUGUUUAUUGUAGUUAUUAAUUCGUUAUGCUAUUGCUAGAUUCAGAUUCUUUCAUUCUUUGCCAUCUUAGUUAUCACCAAGGUUGGUAAUUUCUCAUUGUAAUCCAACAGUUAUAUUCUUUAAUGGACCUUUAUUUCAUAAUUAUUUAUGCCCAUGGAUGGAAUCUUUACUGGGCUUCCUUGGGCCAAGACCAACUGUUA